AUGAAUGCAGUGAUAACUUCUCUUCGAACCGUAAAGCAAGCUGCAGAGGGUGCAGAAGCAACUGUCGAAGAGGCCCACAAGAAGGCUGCGAUAUCAAAGAAUGAUGCGGAAGAGGUGUUAAAGGCCGCGACGGCUGCGAAAGCUGCGGCUGAGGAGCUGAAAGAGGCUGUUGCCGCUGGAGUUCAACAUGGAAAGGAUACUGAAGUUAAGAAAAAAGCGAGGGUUGCUGUGACCACAUCUAGGACAGCCAAGGAACGCCUUCGUAUAUUGUCAGAAAGCUCAAACAGCGUUGAGGUCGCAGCGACUGCAGCAGUUGUGAGUGUUAUGUCGGUUAUCAAUGAAGUUAAAAACGUAGGGAAGUUGUCUGAUAGUUUACUUUCGGUGAAAGUAAACACAGUGUCUAAACACGCAGAGACCACCCAGGCCGCGCUGUCUGGGGUUAAGAAUAGUGCGAAGUCUUCAUGUACCGAAUCAACGGCGGCUCAUGAGAGCGCAAUGAAGGCGGAGUCUCACGCGAAACAGGCUGAAGAGCAUUCUGCAAUGGUAGAGGGUAUCGGAGGAGAAAGUGCGGGUGUAAUGCACAGUGGUUUAAAUAAGGAGAGGGCAGAGAUGUUUGCUUUGGCCGUGGCGGAAAGCGCCGGCAAGGCACUGGAAGAAGCUAAUGCCGCAGCGCGAGAGGCCACGACUGCGUUCGCAAAUGCUCAAAAGGCGCUUGGAGCGGCUCGAGAAAUGACGAAGGCUGCAACCGACGCAGAAGAGGCUGCUGAAGAGGCUCUAAAACAAAAAAGCAACGAUUUGUCCCGGUCACGAUCCGUGGAGAAACGUCCUCUUGCAUCCCCGCAGGAGAAUGGACGACUCAACGGGGUGCCUGGCAAAGCUGCUUUGACUCACGUGCAUGGCACUGGUGCUGCGGUUGAUGUGCAGCCGAACGGAGGACACGAUGCAGCGGAGCAUCAACAUUUACCGGAGGGGCCUCGGAGAGAUGCAAGCAGCCGUGGCCCCGCAGCCGCACCUGGAGAUGGGCGCGGGCCCAGACAGAGCACUGCUGAAGUAAUCUCCGAGAUGAAGCGGGGAGAGGCGAACUCACACCAUCCUUCAGUAAUGUCCCCGGCGUUGGGCGUGCCAGAAACUCAGCACAAGGAGCCUUCGCGUGAAGAAGAACUAAAAGAUCAACCCAAAGAUAAUCAUGCUGUCGUCGAAUCAAAAGACACCGACCGUAAAGAGUUGCAUCCACGUGAAGAGCAAUACAGCACGAGUGUCGUUUCAGGCACAGCCGAAGUUCACAGUGAAGAAAAGGGCAACACCAAUGAGUCCCCUCGCACCGAUGCAGAAUCUACGGACUCCACUGAAGCAGGCGAGGCACACAGUGCGUCAGCCACUGCUUCGGCUAUUGAUGCCAUGAAUGUCGCAUCAAAUACAGCACCCACGGGAGAAGGCACGACAGGUACCAACGAAGGGGCCGAUGAAAAAGAUACUUCUCCAGCGGAGAGCCUGUCCAGUGUGGCCACUACUGCUCCUACACUCGCACUAAGCGGGAUCAGCAGCGAUGUAAACACCAACCAAGGUGCGGACGGUGACGGUCGCUCGGCUUGCGUGGGUGUGCUGUCGCUGCUGCUGCUGCUUUCGAUGGUUUUUUGCGUGGCUGUGGAGUAA